CACAGCGCCCCUGACGGGACGCCUCGACUCCUCUCCUGUCAAGAACGACAAGCAAGCAACCAUAUAAAUUAAAUUUUGUUAACUUAAAAAUUAAACUCUUGUAUAAAAAUUUAAAAUAAAUUCAUCAUCAAGAACUGACCAAAGUGUUCAUUGUUCAUCGUUUAAAAUACAGAACAAUUACCCAAAGCGAAGCAAGGAGGCAUUGUUCAAUCCAUUUGAUCCCUCGACCGGAUGAAGCCAUUACGCAGUGCUGGCUCAGCAACAAGAAAAUUCUUGUGAAUUGUAAUUUGGAAGGAUUUGCAGCCCAAUAUCGAAGGAAAUAAAGCUUAAAAGUUCCCAUUAUCUUCCUGAGGGCAUUCACCUGUUGCCUUUUUUCUUUUCAAUAUUUUCACAAUAAAAAAGUGGAAAACUAUUUCCAUGCUUAUCAGCGCUCGGGAGAUGAUGCUUGAUGGUUUCACGGGUAAGUUUUUGCAUUGCAUUUUGUCUGGGUUGGUUUAAAUAAAGUUUUAUUGUUGUGUUUUUAUUUCGCCCUAUUUAAAGGUCAAAUAUUGAUUAUAUUUAUGUGUUUUGAAAAAAGUAAAUAAAAUUAAAAAUCUUUAUGCAAGGUAAGUUCUGUGCACAAGCCCUAUUGUAGUAUUGUACAUCAUUUGUAUUUUGAUUUAGAGAGGUCAUACGUACUGUAUUACUGCACAGAUUAUAAUUCAUAUGCAUUUAUUAUUUUCUAUUUGGUUGCUUGUUUUUAAAACAUAUUGUACUGUACAGAGUGACAGAUUUUUUAUGUACUGAACAUAAGGUGUAGAUAUCGCCUAUUUUAUGAGUCAUUUUCGUCCUGUACUGCUCGCUCCUGUACAGAUUAUUUAGUUUUGAUUGGGAGAGUAGCAAGUUCAUUCUUUAUAACUCGAACUGCACACUCUGUUGCAGAUCAUUUUAUUUGUUGUAUUGCACAUUGCGUUGCAAAUUAUUUAUGUUUUGUACUGUACACCAUAGUGCAGAUUAUUAGAUUUAUAACUUGUACUGCACACUACGUUGCAAAUUAUUUAUAUCUAUGUGUACUGCAUACUGUACUGCAGAUUAUUAAAAUUAUAUUUCUUUGUCGAGCUGCAUACUGUAGUGCAGACCAUUUUAGUUGAACCACACAGUGUAGUGUGGACAUUCUAGAUUUGUAAUACACAAUUUAGAUUCAAUCAUUUAUAUUAAAAGUUUUAAUGUAUUGCACAUUUAAAGGCUAAUCAAAAUAUUUAUAUUUUAUAAUAGUGUAUUGCACAUUAUAAGGCAGGCUUUAUUAAUUUGUUUCAUUGUACAUAAAGUACAAAUUAUUUGUUGGUGUGACAUAUAAAGGUGAAAAUUUUGGUAAAUUUAUGUAUUGAGCCGCCUACUAUUUUAUGUGAUAAUUACAGAUUAUCUUAUUUAAUUUCAGUUUUACAUUUUGUCUUACAUUAAACAGGUAUUUUUAUUUUUCAUGUACAGGGUUUAACUAUAAAUGCACCUGAUUUUAACUCAAAUUUAAACAAAUCCUUUAUUAUUUAAAAUGGCAGAAGAAAUAGAUCAUAUUAGUGAAAUUAAAAGGCUUAAUAUAACUAGAGGCCAAAUUAAGGCUGAAUUGACUCGUUUUGAGAAUUUUUUAAACAAACAACCACAGAACCCUGUUUCAAAAAUUAAAAGUCGUUUAGAGAUAAUUUCUCCCAAGCUUAUUGAAGAGUUUAAAGUGGUUCAAGGUGAAAUUGAGUCUCAUUACAUCUUGGGCAACAUUGUCCAUGAUGAGAAUAAAUGGGCCACAGAAAGGGAAAAUUUUGAAACCCAAUUUUUUGAUUGUGUAUCUUCUGCUCAGGAUUUAAUACAGGGGCAAACUUUAAAUAAUUCAAUGUGGCCACCUGCCAAUGCUAAUGAUUUUGCUCCAAGUCCAGAAAAUAAUAUUUUUGUUGAGCCCAUCGCUAAUCUUCCAAAGCUAAAUUUAUUUAAAUUUUCUGGGGAUUUCGGGGAUUGGCGUCGAUUUAAAGACACUUUUGAUGCUUUGGUGCAUUCUAAGCCCAGAAGCAAAAUUGAGAAAUUUCACUAUUUGAUUGAUUGUUUAGUGGGGGAAGCUGCUAAUGUAAUUGCUUCUUUACAGAUAACUGAAAAUAAUUAUGACACAGCUUUAGAGCUUUUAGAAAAUCGUUAUGAAAAUAGUAAAAUUAUAACAAAUUUUCAUAUUAAAGAAAUUUUAAAUUUACCUAAUGUACCUAGGGAAAAUUCAAGGGACCUUAGAUGUUUCUUGGAUAAUUUUCUAAAAAAUUAUAGAUCUUUGGAACUAUUAGAUGAGUCUGUUAAACAUUGGGAUUUGAUUUUGAUCUAUUUACUGACUGAAAAAAUUGAUUUUCAAUCUCGUCGUGAGUGGGAAACUUGUAGUAAAGAUAUCGUAAAGCCCACUAUUGAAGACUUUAAAAAAUUUCUCACUAAACGUUGUGAAAUUCUAGAAGCAGUGCAAUCAAUAUCGUAUCAUAAUAAUAACCCCAGCAAUUUUAAUAAAACAGCAUCUAGCAAUAGUUUCAAACACAAAAUGAAUGAAUCCAAGAGAGUUAAUUUGGUGUCAGAAUUGAUUUGUCCUUUGUGUAAGGGAAAUCAUUUCUUGUUCAAAUGUCAUAUAUUUAGAGACAUGUCUGUUAAUGAUCGAUUUGAAAAGGCAAAAUCAUUAAAUAUUUGUAUUUGCUGUCUAAAAUCAGGCAAUCAUAAAGCUUCAAAUUGCACUACUUUUUCCUGUAGAUUUUGUCACAAAAAGCAUAACUCUUUGUUGCAUUUUUUUGGCAAGCAAAAUAAUGAGGUAUCAUGCCAACAUGAAACUGUUUCACAGGCAUCAAAAAAUGCAGAAUUAAAUUCUAUUUCCCCUAAAGUCAAUUGUAUUCAAACUGAGAAUUUUACUAAAAAUACUUCUGAUCUAAACACUAAUAUUGUUCAGCCAAUUUCCUUGUUUGCCAGGGAAAAUUUUGUCUUGCUAUCUACAGCAAUUGUUCAUGCUUUUGAUAAAGAUAACAGACCUAUAAAAUGUCGCAUAUUUUUGGACUCAGGCUCCCAAUCUAAUUUGAUAACCAAAGAAUUUGCAGAUAUUUUAUCAUUGCCCUAUCAAAAUAUUAAUCUUCCUCUAAUAGGAAUUGGUCAAGUUUCCACCAAUAUAAAUAAAAGAAUCAAAGUUAAAAUUUCUUCUUUGUAUAAUAAUUAUUCGACCAGACUUUCCUGUUUGGUAAUAGAUAAAAUCUCUGAGCACUAUCCACAAAUACCCUUUAAUAUUUCAGAUUUGCAUAUUCCAAAAAACAUCAUUCUGGCUGAUCCUGAUUUUAAUUCCCCUCAAAAAAUUGACAUGCUUAUUGGUGCAAGCAUUUUUUAUGAUUUGCUAUCUGUAGGACAAAUAAAAUUAGGUAGGAAUUUACCUGUUUUGCAAAAAUCUUUAUUUGGGUAUCUUGUCAGUGGAAAUUUGCAAAUGCAAAAGAAAAAUCAUCUUGCUUCUCAGAGUAUGUUGUCUACUAUUGAUUUGGCUAAGCAGCUGGAAAGGUUUUGGUCUGUCGAAGAAAUUCAUUUAAAUAAGCCUGUACUCACCCAAGAAGAAGCAGAAGUUGAAAGGCAUUUUUUAGAUAAUACAACAAGAGAUGUUGCAGGGCGUUUUGUAGUAAAAUUACCUCUAAAGGAUAAUUAUACCGAUUUAGGUGAAACUAAAGGUAUAGCUUUACGUACUUUGUAUUCUGUUGAGAGAAAACUUUCAAAAAAUUCCCCGAUGUGUGAAAUGUAUACUUCAUUCAUGAGAGAAUAUGAAACUUUGACUCACAUGUCUGAAGUCGAGUACAAUGUUGGAAACGAUUUAUGUUUCUAUUUGCCUCAUCAUUGUGUUGAAAAGGCUGAAAGCACCACUACUAAAUUGCGUGUUGUUUUUAAUGGUAGCCAAAAGUCAUCAACCAAUAUAAGUUUAAAUGAUGUUUUAAAGGUUGGUGCCACUGUUCAACCUGACUUAUGUUCCAUUCUUUUGAAAUUCCGUCAUCAUGAUUAUGCGUUGACAGGAGAUUUAACCAAAAUGUACAGACAAAUAAAUGUACAUCCGGAACACAGAAAUUUGCAGCGGAUACUUUGGCGUGAAGAUCCUCCAUUGCCUGUUAAAGAGUUUUGCCUAAAUACGGUAACUUAUGGUUUAGCUUCAAGUUCAUUUUUAGCCACUAGAUGCCUUAAGCAAAUUUCUGAUGAUAUCCGAACCAAUUAUCCUAUUGAAAGUGAUUUUAUAGGCUCAAAUUUUUAUGUGGAUGAUUUUUUACUUAGUCACCCUUCUUUAGAGUCUUUAAUUCAAGUAAAAAACAACAUUACUAAAAUCUUGUCUGGUUAUGGAUUUGAAAUUAGAAAAUUUAAGUCAAAUGACUCCCGUGUGUUUUUAGAAGGUAAUGAUGAUUAUUCUUUAUCAGAAUAUGUCAUAUCAGAUGAGAAUACCACUAAAACAUUGGGAAUUUCUUGGAUACCCACGUCUGAUUGUUUUAUUUAUAAACUUCAACUUGAAGAUUCUCUGACAAAUUCCGUUACCAAGAGAUCAAUAUUGAGUUUCAUUUCAAAAAUAUAUGAUCCAUUGGGAUUCCUUGGACCCAUAAUUAUCCGAGCAAAAUUAAUCAUUCAACAGUUGUGGAAACUUCAAUUAUCAUGGGAUGAAAAUUUACCCAUAGAAUUACAUUCCCAAUGGUGUGAAUAUAAGAAACAAUUAUUUAAUAUUAAUACUAUACAAAUACCUCGACAAGUUUUAAUUAAAGGUGCUAAUUUGGUCGAAUUACAUGGGUUUUCUGACUCUAGUGAGAGUGCUUAUGGCUGUAGCGUUUAUCUAAGAUCUAUUAAUAAUGUUGGAGCCAUAGAUUGUCGUUUGUACUUUGCCAAAACAAGAGUAGCUCCUGUACAGGCAAUUAGUAUUCCAAGACUUGAGCUCCAAGCUGCAGUGCUCUUAGCUAGAUUAGUGAGCAAGUGUUUAAGUACUAUUUCCUUUGAGAUUCAGAAUAUAUAUCUAUGGACUGAUUCAACCAUAGUGUUAGCUUGGUUGUCAAGAGAGCCUAAAACUUGGCAAACUUUUAUAUGCAAUCGUGUCUCUGAAAUCCAACAGUUGACCAAUAUAACUGAUUGGAAUCAUAUUUCAACUCAUGAAAACCCAGCUGAUAUAUUGUCUAGAGGUUCUCAAACUAACGAUUUUUUGUCCAAUAGUUUAUAUUGGAAUGGUCCUUCGUUCCUUAGACAGGAUAAAGAAAAUUGGCCUGAAGCCACCAAUAUUUCAUAUUUUUCCAAAAAUCCUGUAGAUGUUCCCGAAUUCAAGAAUCAAAAUAUGAAUUUUCUAUGUCAGACCGAUAACCUGUUUAAUUUUGAUGAACUUUUUUCUAAAUUUUCUUCUUUUAGUCAAUUAAUAAGAGUUGCGGCCUACGUCUUUAGAUUCAUAGAUCGCUCUAAAGGUCGACAUGAUGUUCAAACUUUUAUUAAUAAUGUUGUGUCAAAUUCUGAAUUUUCAAAGACUUCUUUACGUCUAAUCAAAUUAAUUCAAAGUUCUGAGUUUAAUGCGGACAUUUGCCAUUUAAGAACCCACCGUGAAGUAUUGAAAAGGAGUAAGCUAAAAGCUUUAGCGCCCUUUUUAGACCCUGAUGGUAUUUUGAGAGUGGGCGGAAGAUUAAAGUUUUCUGACUUAAAUUACGAUCAAAAACAUCAAAUUUUAUUGCCGAAAAAACAUAAAUUUACAAGUUUACUGAUACAUUCCGAGCAUUUAAGAGCUUUACACGCCGGAAAUCAAGGAACGUUAUCACAUAUACGCCAAAAUUAUUGGAUUAUUGACGGCAAAAUGGCAGUCAAAUCCUGUAUUAGAAAUUGUAUCAAAUGUUUCCGAGCCAACCCUCCUAAUUUGACUUAUAAAAUGGGCGAUUUGCCUUCUGUCCGCGUAAAACCUUCUAAAGUGUUUCUUUCUGUUGGAAUCGAUUAUGCAGGCCCCUUUAAUUUAAAGGAUGGCCAAACCAAAACCAGAAAAAUAAUAAAAUGUUAUGUCGCGAUUUUUGUGUGUAUGGCUACGAAAGCUUUGCACAUAGAUUUAGUCACGGAUUUGUCCACAGAUGCUUUCUUAAAUUUGCUGAAACGUUUUGUUUCGCGUAGAGGUUUGUGCACAGAUAUUUACUCAGAUAACGCUACUGCUUUCGUUGGCGCAGACAAUGAGUUGAAACGUUUGCAAAACAUUGUUAAUGGCGGUGUCUUAAGAGAUUAUUUGAACCAAACUCAGAUAAAUUGGCAUUUUAUUCCAGCUAGAUCCCCAACAUUUGGAGGUCUUUGGGAGAGUGCUGUGAAAUCUUGCAAGCAUCAUCUCAAGCGUGUUUUACAUAAUGAUCAUCCUCUUAAUUUCGAGGAAAUGUAUACAUUAUUGGUACAGGUGGAAGCCGUCUUAAACUCUCGGCCCCUUAUAAGCCUUUCUCCUGAUCCUAAUGACCUGGAGGCUCUUACCCCAGCCCAUUUCAUUAUUGGACAGCCAAUGACGGCAUUGCCUCAGAGAAACCUGGAAGAUUCUCACACUAAUUUGGUAAAGCGACUUCUUCAUGUUCAGAAGCUUUUCCAGCAGUUCUGGAGACGAUGGAGCCAUGAUUACCUUCACACCCUCCAGGAACGCAGUAAAUGGCGUUUCAAUAAGGAUCCCAACUUACAAAUUGGUGCCUUGGUGAUUGUUAAGGAAGAAAAUACUCCCCCAGCCUACUGGACCUUGGGUAGAAUUUCUGCAGUCCAUCCCGGUGCUGAUGGCCUCGUUAGGGUGGUCACCAUUAAGACUAAGAAUGGUUUCUUGAAGAGAGCAACAACGAAGGUCAGCCUUUCAAAGGCGGCGGGAUGUUCGGACUACGAGUGUACCCUCAACUUUAUUUCAUUCAAAGUUCAGUCCUACUGACGCCAUCUAUCGGACGGCGUUUGUAACGCGCCACUUACCUUGAGACCACAGCGCCCCUGACGGGACGCCUCGACUCCUCUCCUGUCAAGAACGACAAGCAAGCAACCAUAUAAAUUAAAUUUUGUUAACUUAAAAAUUAAACUCUUGUAUAAAAAUUUAAAAUAAAUUCAUCAUCAAGAACUGACCAAAGUGUUCAUUGUUCAUCGUUUAAAAUACAGAACAAUUACCCAAAGCGAAGCAAGGAGGCAUUGUUCAAUCCAACAUUCUUGCAUAUAAAUUAUUAAGGUUGUUUCUAGUAUAUGUAGUAUAGGUGUUUUUUACUUUAGUAUUAAUUUUUUAAGUAGGUUUAGAUUAUGAAAGUUGUUUAUGUAAAUAUUAUUGCUUUGUAAAAUUUACAGUUAAUGGGGUUUUCCCGUAUUAUGAAUAAAUGAAUGAAAUGAAUAAAAAAAAGUAGUGAGUUUGAGAAAAUAAAUAAUAAAAAACAACACUAAAUUAGGAUAAGAAUCAAGAAUUAAUUUAAAUCAAAAGAGCAGAAAAAAAUGAAUAAAUAAAUGUAUUCAAACUAAACAACCUAGCCUCCCCCACCGA